UUGAUUUAUUUAUUAGCACCAAGCUUUACUUCAACCAUUUUUCAGCUCUUUUAACUCUCUUCAAUUCUCUUGAUUCUGUUCCUUCUUUUCCUUCUCAAGUCAAUCUUUCUUGAAGAUAUAUUAAAUUGGCUCAAUUCCCUUGACUAUCACUACUUCUCCGAUUUGGAGCAAAGCGAAGAUAAACUCGCCACAAGGAUGGCUUUGCCAGUCAUUAAAACAAUCGAGGAUUGCUCGAACAUCACAAAGACAGUCUUGCCAUAUCUACCACAGUUGUACGACCUUCCCCAGCAAAUCCUUCAAUCAUAUUCCAAUUCUACCGAGCUUCGAAAUCUCUACCUAGCUACGAAUCCGCUCAUAUCUGCCUUUGCAUUUUCGUUAUUCUUAGCACCUGUGUUCUUGUUGGUUUCAGAAGUCAACAAAAAUUAUUCUCAGGUCGACAGAUGCUGGAGCAUUUUACCUACCAUAUACAAUGCCCAUUUUACCAUCUAUGCACAUCUAUAUGGUCUAUCGACUGGGCGACUAGACAACGUUCUAGCUUUUAGCACAAUAUGGAGUGUAUGUAGUAUGCCUCUUGAUGUACUCACUUGGUUUUGACACACUGCAGUUGCGCUUAACUUUCAAUUAUUGGAGGAAAGGUGGAUAUAACAUCGGAUCUGAAGACUACCGCUGGUAAGUUUUCCUCGGCCAUAGGCUCGCUCAUAUACUUGCUAACCACUGCUGUCAAGGGAGGUCCUUCGUAAUAACAUCCCCCCACCACUCUUCUUCGUCUUUAAUGUCACCUUCAUAUCACUUGCGCAAAGCAUUCUGCUCUUCUUAGUCGCAACCCCAUCAUAUGUUAUGCUCUUAGCUGCACGGCACGGAGCGCCAUGGACGACGGCAGAUUUGAUAUUUUCUAGAGGUCUUGUGACUCUUGUGGUGCUUGAGUAUUUUGCGGAUGGGCAACAAUGGAGUAUGUGAUUACAGCUACCUCUUUCUGCGCAUAGCUAAUACAUUUCAAAAUCAGACUAUCAAACCGCCAAGCAACAAUAUUUGAAGACCGCUAAAGUACAAGGAGGAUUUGACCAAGAAUCACUCGACCGUGGUUUCGUUACCUCUGGUCUCUGGUCCUUGAGCAGGCAUCCAAACUUCGCCGCCGAACAAACUAUAUGGGUUGUUCUAUACGUGUGGGGCUGCUGGACCAGCGAAGUAGUGUUCAACUGGACAUUCGUCGGUGCCAUGUCGUACUUGGUUCUCUUCCAGGGCUCAACUUGGUUCACUGAGCUCAUAACCACCAAGAAAUACCCAGAUUAUCAGCAAUACCAAGCCCGAGUUGGCAAGUUCUUACCUAAUAUCUUCUCUACUGGGCCGGUCUUCGUCAAAACGGAGAAGAAAGUAGCCACUGCUAUUAAGGGCGACAAGAGGAAGGGCUCAGCCAGCAAGUGAAUAAGUAGUAAUAUAUACUGAGGCCAUGAUUUUUUAUAUUUAUAGCCUCAAACAACUGGUUACGAUAAGAAAAUAUCAAGAGGAGGGCAGAUAGCUUUCCCUUACCAUGUAUAAAAGAAUUACGAUUUCAAUUCCUCGGUAUUAUUCCUACAUAAUACUUGCAAUCAAUGUCUCCAUAAUCAACUGGGGAUAAUAGGAAGCAGAGUCGCUCUUGCUUCAAAUAAAAAAUUCUCAAAUCACAGAGCAGACCUGGCAUCUUAAUACUAUGCAUUCUACAAUU